CGGAAGUCGUCACUCAGGUUGAGCCCCACACCGCUCAUCCUGCGAGAGGCUCGCAAUGGCGACGGGCGGCAACGGCGAUGGCGGCUGCGUCCCGGAGCAGGAAGACUCUGUGCUGUUCCGGCGUGGUACAGGCCAGAGUGAUGAUUCUGACAUCUGGGAUGACACAGCAUUGAUAAAAGCUUACGAUAAAGCUGUGGCUUCCUUUAAGUAUGCUCUAAAGAAUGGUGACAUUUCAGAUAAACCAAAAGGUGAAACUUCAGACAAACCAAAAGGCACACCUAGAAGAAAACCUUUUAAGAAGAGUAAAAGCCAAAAGAAGACUAUCACAGCUCCCUUGAAACAGUGGAAAGUGGGUGACAGAUGCUCUGCCGUUUGGUCAGAAGAUGGCUGCAUUUACCCAGCUACCAUCACUUCCAUUGAUUUGAAGAGAGAAAUGUGUGUCGUGGUCUACACUGGAUAUGGAAACAGAGAGGAGCAAACUCUGUCUGAUCUGCUUCCCCAGACCUGUGAGGCAGCUAACAACAUGGAACAGAAUGCUCAGGAGAAUGAAAAUGAAAGUCAGGUUUCAACGGAUGAAAGUGAGAACUCUUCCAAGUCUCCGGGAAGUAAACCAAGUAACAUCAGGUCAAAAGCUAGGCCCUGGAACUCCUUUUUCCCUCCGCCACCACCCAUUUCUGGUUCGGGAUUGGGACCCAGAAAGCCAGGUCUAAAAUUCAGUGGCCCACCUCCGCCACCACCACCACACUUCCUGUCAUGCUGGCUGCCUCCACUUCCGUCUGGACCACCAAUGAUCCCCCCACCACCUCCUAUCUGUCCAGACUCGUUCGAUGAUGCAGACGCGCUAGGCAGCAUGCUGAUGUCAUGGUACAUGAGUGGCUAUCACACUGGCUAUUACAUGGGUUUCAGACAAAAUCAAAAAGAAGGGAGGGGCUCACAUUUUAACUGAAUGAGGAAAUGCCCAUCCUGAGCCACACAGCGCAUCCAUGCAACUCUGAGCUGUCCGUCUCUGGCUUGGCUCUGCCAGCAGCUGCUCUUGCCAGCCGGCCCUGUGGACCUCUGUCCUGCACACAUGCAAAUAGGACUUGGGUGUGGAUCUGCCUGGGAUCCUUCCAGACUUCUGCUCCUUCUCUUCGUGUCCCUCUCUGGUCCCUGUCUCCUCAGGCUCCAGCACCUCCGCCCGAGACCUGAGGUGCAGCCAGCUGCCUGGGCUGGGGAACUGGCCGUAGCCUCAGCUGCCUCCACAGGCUGGAAGCCACUCCCUGGGCCAGCACCUACCCAGUGCCUGAAAAUGGUCACGUCGUGUAUUAUGCUGUUUUGUAGUCUGCAACAGGACAACAGAAAAACAAGUCCACCUCCAGCUUCUUCCCCAUUUUCUUUCUUUUUUUUUUUCCAGUACUGGGAAUUGAACUCAACCUUGUGCUUGCACCUCUGAGCUACAUGCCUGGCCCAUCCCCAUUUUCCAAACACCAGUUGGUUUUAACAAAUGUUUCAGGGCCAGGGAUUUAGCUCAGUCGUUUUGCCGCCUGCUGCGCAACCACAAGGACCCGAGUUCUAUCCCUAGUACCAAAAAACCCCCCAAAAACCAAAAAGCCAAAUGUUUCAUUGCUUCAUGAAUGCUUAGCCAGAUGACUUAGUUCACUGAAUCAUUUUUCCCAUUUUACAUACUUAUUUAUUUUUUGUGGUAUUGGGAAUUGAAUCCAGAGCUAUGGCCCUGGCCCCUUUUUAUUUAUUUAUAUUUUUGGGGGUACCAGGGAUCAAACUCAGGA